AUGCUACAAAUAUCUCCCCACACCGCCACAAGCUGCUAUCACACACACAUGCACGCAUUCACAAACACAUACGGCAACAGGACACACACCUUCAGCAAUAAUAAGCGUCUCGCUGCAGUCAUGAGUUCAGUUGUGGUCAUCGAACGUUGUGACCUGAACAUCAAAGGCAACAGGAGCAGCCAUCACACCGACAAGUAUGCCGAUGAGCGUCUGAUCGUCAGGAGAGGACAAGCCUUCACCAUCUUUCUGCACCUGAGACCUGGAAACCAGACCCUCAAAGACCUCACCUUCAUUGUCCAGACCGGUCCACUGCCCAGAAGAGAAUCAGACACCAAAGUUUCCUUCCCACUUAGCCAGUCCACAGUGGAUACUGAAUGGAGCGCCUCAGCCACUAAUGAGUCCACUGGGAACAAAGUGUCAGUGACCAUUAUGUCCUCCCCCAAGGCUCCCAUUGGACUCUACUCGCUGACUGUAGACCAACAGGGACUCAAGACCACCUUAGGACAGUUCACCUUGCUGUUUAACGCCUGGUGCCCAAAGGACGGCGUGUACAUGCGCAGUGAGACCAAAAGACAAGAGUAUGUCUUAUCACAACACGGGCAGAUCUAUAGAGGCACACACAAACGAAUCAAGGGCAUACCAUGGAAUUUUGGACAGUUUGAAGCAGGGAUCCUGGAUAUCUGUCUGAAGAUCCUGGACGACAACCCUAAGUAUGUGUCGGACGCAGAUCAGGACUGCUCAGCCAGGAGGAAUCCCAUUUAUGUGACCCGGGUCCUGAGCGCCAUGAUCAACAGUAAUGAUGACAGCGGCGUGCUGGUGGGAGAAUGGUACGACUUUUCUGGAGGCGUCCAUCCCGGCCUGUGGGUCGGCAGCGGGGAGAUCCUGCGUCAGUGGGUGGAGAGCGGCCCCGUCCGUUACGGCCAGUGCUGGGUCUUUGCUGCUGUCGGCUGUGCAGUGUCCCGCGCCCUCGGCAUCCCGUGCAGGGUUGUCACCAACUUUGGCUCGGCUCACGACAGUAACGCCAAUCUGAUCAUAGAAAACCAUUAUGAUGAGGACGGCAAAAGAAUAUCGGACGGAGAUUCAGUUUGGAACUUUCACGUAUGGGUGGACAGCUGGAUGACUCGUCCAGACUUGGGGAAGGAGUUUGAUGGCUGGCAAGCCAGCGACCCCACUCCACAGGAGAAAAGUGACGGUGUUUACUGUUGUGGACCAGCUUCACUGAGAGCCAUCAAGGAAGGAGAGCUUACCAAAAAGUAUGAUGCUCCUUUUAUAUUUGCUGAGGUGAACGCAGACGUGGUGGACUUGGUGCGUCUGUCUAAUGGAAAGUUUGUCAAAUUCAGCGGCUCCACUAAAUCUGUCGGACGUUUCAUCAGCACCAAGACUGUCGGCUCUGACGAGAGACAUGACAUCACGCAUCAGUACAAGUAUCCUGAGGGUUCCCAGGAGGAGCGUCAGGUGUAUGAGAAGGCUCAACACCAGAACAAACUACAACAGCGAGGAGAAGAACCAGGCCUCCAUCUCAAGAUCAAGCUGGCUGAGAACAUGAUCGUAGGCUCAGAUUUUGAGGUCUGCGCCGUGCUCGCCAACAACUACGCGGCGACAAAGAAGUGCACCCUGCUGUUCUUCGCCAGGGCGGUGGGCUACAAUGGCAAACAAGGAGAGAGCUGCGGAUUUGCCUCCGAUAAAGUGGAGGUGCCCUCUGGAGAAGAGAGACGGCUGCACCUCAAACUGAAGUAUGACAACUACGGAUCAGUGAUUACGUCUGAUCGACUCAUUCAUCUGUCUGCCAUCACCAUUGACAAGCAAACUAUUGAUUACCAUAAGGCAGAGAAGACCAUAGUACUGGAUGAGCCCUCUAUAGACAUCAAGCUGCUGGGAGAAGCUAGGGUGAGGCAUCCGCUGUCGGCACAGUUGACCUUGUUGAACCCGUUACCAGAGACCCUAUGGGACUGCAGCUUCACCAUCGGGGGGCCUGGUCUCAUUGAUGGAAAGCCCAUGACACUCAAGAUAGGACAAGUGGGCCCCAAACAGGAGGCCAGGACCACUGCUGUGUUUACACCCACCGCUCCUGGCCCAUGUGUGCUGCUGGUCAACUUUGACAGCGACAAGCUGAGGAGCAUCAAGAGUUCCAUCAAUGUUCUGGUGAAAGACGAAGAUACUCCACACAUGUAACACUCCAACCUGAUGACACUUUUUAAUGGAAUACAAGGCGAUUAAUUUAAAUUAAUCUAUUUCUAUCACCCUCAAUGAAUUUUGACUCGUAAAUUUUAAUCACAGUGAAAUGUACAACCAUCAUCUUUGCUGAUUCUGUAAGCAAUCAACUUUGUCUAAUCUACCUAAUCUCUACAUUGAUUUCAAUUGUACUCAAGUUAAAGUCCACUUAAGGUACAGGUCUAAGAAAAAGUAAAAAGAUACAGGUAACAAUUUACAGGUUCAAUUUAGGUUUGAUGUGUAGAUGUGGUUAAUAAUAUGAGAUACACAAAAAAAUGCAUUCUGAAAUAAACUAAAUGUAAGAUGUGGAAAUGAACAUUUUGUGAAUGUUCUGGCAAAAACAAGAUUUCACUUUUUUUUUUUUAAAUAGUCUAAGAAAAUAAAUGUGACAAAAAUUAGUAGCUGCCAUUUUCAUUUUCUAAGAAAAAAGGUUGGCGACUCUUGCCUGAACCAAAAUGUAACCUCAACCUUUAUCAAUUAA